AUUAUUUCUAGACACUUUUCUUGCUUAGAGAUUCUCUUUAGCUUGCAAUUGGACCUGAUUGUGAUGGAGGUUAAAACUACCAGGAGUCUUUCUUUCUCUGUUGAUCGCCUCUUGCAGCCUUCACCUGCAGAGCAAGCAGCAAAGAAAAUGUCUGACCAGUCUUCUUCUGGUGGGUCUUCUACUUCUAGUAGCCCGCCAUCAUCUCCCUUCUCCUCUCCAAUCGUCGGAGGAGCAACAAAAGCAGCCACUCCAGCUCAUCCAAUCUUUCUAGCAGCAGCGAGGACGGGUACACCGCCUCGUCACAACAUCAUGACACUCAACACGACUUUCCCGUUCCCUGUCACACUCCCUUUCGCUCACAGCGGGAGUCCAGGGGCUCUCUGUGCUGCUACGAACUGGGGCCAGCCUAGUUUUACCUCCUGGAGCCUCGGACAACCCGGAGGGGCUCCUGGCUUACCCGCUAAACUUGCACCACCAUCAGCUACUGGAUGGUCACUGCAUCCAGCUCAGCUGCAUAAACCACAGCAUAUUACUUGCAGUACCACUAAGAGGAUACUAGAGCUUCCAAAAGUUGGUACCCCUAUAGUGGCAGUGCCUGAUGAUCUUGAAGACUAUACUGGCGGUGAUGACGAUAGUGAUUCUUCAUCUCCCGGCCCCUCUUCAUCAGAGCAUGGUGGAGCGGACGAUGGUGAACCGGGUAAAAUCGGAAAGAAGUACAAAAAGAAGAAAAGGACCACGUUCACCAGCUCCCAGCUCCAGCAGCUUGAGACCCGGUUCAAUCAACAAAAAUACCUCACAAAGCUUGAUAGAUGCAGAAUGGCCCAAUCUUUAGGGCUCACAGAGAAGCAUAUCAAGACGUGGUAUCAGAAUAGAAGGACGAAAUGGAAGAGAGAGUGCACUGAUGAGAUGUGGAGCAGAGAGAGGGAGACUGCAGCAGCAAAUAUGUACACACAGCAUCUGCAACUGAAAUCCAUUAAUGGUUCUUCUCCAUUGACCAUAUCAUAAUUAUUCUAUUAUUAUUAAUUUAUUAUUAUUGUUGUUGUUGUUGUUAUUUUACAUAAUCAAUCUAUUUUCUUUUUUCUCUGUCACGCACACAAGUACAACGGCACAGUCAUUUCACUUUUUUAAUUAUAAAAACUUUUUUCUGUAAAAAAAUUAAUUUUCGAUAGUGAUAG